UGAACGCAGCCAGGUUUCAAGGUUCAGGGGGCGUGUGUGAGGUGUUGUGUGUCAGCUGAAGUGACUGCGAGCUUUAUAGAUAAAUAAGUGAAGUGCAGAAAGUGUCUGAGAGCUUUCUUUAGGUACUCUGGGCAUGCUGAGACCACCAGUGCUAAAUUGGGCUUCUCUUUGGAAAAGAUCAGUAGUUCUCACACACUGUCCGAGUAAGUCUGUCAUGGCUCGUGAGUUGCAUGCUAAAAGGCUUGAGGGAGUCGACAAGAAUAUUUGGGUGGAAUUUACACAGCUGGCUGCUGAGUAUAAGGUGGUGAACCUGGGUCAGGGCUUCCCCGACUUCUCUCCUCCCAGCUUCAUCCGAGAGGCUUUCUGCAAUGCUCUCAAUGGAGGUGCCUCCAUGCACCAGUACACACGAGCCUUUGGCCAUCCACCUCUUGUCAAGAUCCUUGCUAAGUUCUUUGGGAGGAUUGUGGGGAGAGAAAUUGACCCCAUGGAGGACAUUCUCGUUACUGUUGGAGCCUAUCAGGCCCUUUUCUGCACCUUUCAGGCCCUGAUAAAUGAGGGUGAUGAGGUGAUCAUUGUAGAACCUUUUUUUGACUGCUAUCAGCCCAUGGUAAUGAUGGGUAGAGGAACACCUGUCUACAUCCCUCUUAAACCUAGAAAGUCCACUGGUCCAGGCUUGUCCAGUGCUGAUUGGGUGUUAUGUUCCGAAGAAUUAGCCAGUAAAAUCAGCCCUCGCACAAAAGCUAUUGUCAUCAACACCCCCAAUAACCCAUUAGGCAAGGUUUUUCAAAGAGAUGAGCUACAGAUGAUAGCUGACUUGUGCAUAAAGCAUGAUAUUAUUUGCAUCAGUGAUGAGGUGUAUGAAUGGCUCACGUAUGAUGGAGAAAAACAUAUUAAAAUUGCUAGCCUUCCAGGCAUGUGGGAGCGCACAGUCACUAUAGGAAGUGCAGGCAAGACCUUCAGUGCUACAGGAUGGAAGGUGGGCUGGGCAAUGGGACCAGGGCACAUCAUGAAGCACCUGAAAACCGUCCAUCAGAACUCUGUGUACCACACUGCUACUGCUGCUCAGGAGGCUGUAGCAAUGGGUUUUCAGAAAGAAUACGACACAUUUGGCACUGAGGAGAGCUACUUCAAACAGCUACCUGCCAUGCUCCAUGCUAAACGCCUCAGACUGGCUGAGUGUUUGAGGAGUGUGGGCCUGGAGCCCAUCAUGCCCCAGGGUGGAUACUUCAUGAUCACAGACAUCUCUGGUCUAAAGGUUGACCUGAAUGAUCCCAGCACUAAAGGUGAACCAUAUGACUUCAGAAUCGUCAAGUGGCUUAUUAAAGAGAAGGGUUUGGCCACCAUCCCUGUAUCUGGAUUCUACAGCCAAGAACACAGUGGUGACUUCCAGAAGUACAUUAGGUUCUGCUUUGUCAAGGAGGACUCAACACUGAAGGCAGCAGAAGAUAUACUGAAACAGUGGAGAAUCAAACAGUGAGUGCUGGCCACUUUUGAAGACAUUAGAUGAUUAUUUAAAGCCGUCCAAUAUGAGCUUCACACAGCAGACCUCAAUAGUUGGACAAUAUAAUUAGCCAAGGACGCCUGGUUCAGUAUAGUUCUAUAGAAAAGUGUUUAUUUAGAAAAUGUUAUAUUUUAAUAUUUGACAAAAUUGUUUAAUAAAAGCUGGAUUUUAGUAUUUUUUUAUUCAUCUUGUUUGAAUGAAUACAAACUUAAAUAGAACCCGUAACAGAAAUUUGGGAAGUGAAACUUUUGAAUCAUCUGAGGUAGAAAUACGUAUCAUAAUGAUUCAUGUGAUUUGCUAUAUUUCAAAAUGUUUGUAAAAAAAAAGUUAUGCUGAACAGAAUGUAGUCAGCAGUAUUUGCUGAGAUGCAGCUUAUCUAAAACUGUUCUAGUGAGUAAGUGAAUCAUGCAUUCAUACAGGGAGGAGUUAAUUUUACAUGUGGUGAUUUUACAUGUUUGGCCAACAGAGGGAGCUAGUUGCUUCCAUCAAAAAGAAACAUUACAGUUAAUUAACAUUUUAAUAGAGUUGUAUUGUGUACUAAACAACAACACAGUCUUAUGUACAUUUGUCAGUUUUGAUCAAGGUAUCUUUUGUUUUGUUUUUCACAAAAAUAUAUGUUUUUGCUUAAUUCUCAGGAUUUGGUUGUAGUCAGCUGUUUAAUAUUAGUUAAACUACCUCAGCUCACAGCAGCCCAUCCAGCAACUUUCCACACUAAACAACAGUAGUCUGAUUGCUUAUGCUGUAUGCAUUGGGUUGUAUUCAUUAAAACUACUUCAGGUUGACUGUAGUGUUGCACAAGUGUGAAUGAAAAAUGCACUCCUUUAGAGAAAUCAACUUCUUAUUGCUCAUACAGAUUAUUUGUGAGUCUAUACAAUAGACACACUGUUUUUAUUGAUUAUGAUGUACAAAUAGAUGUCUGUUUGUCUGUUGAGUUUACUUUCCAUCCUGUUUGUUUUAAUGCCAUUUUGGUGUGUGCAAGUUGUACUGGAAUUAGGUGGAUCAGUGUAAAAUAAAACAUGUUUUGAAGUUGAA